AUGCUUGCUAUCUUCUCGGAUAUGAUGGAAGACACCAUGGAGGUCUUCAUGGAUGAUUUCUCGGUGUUUGAUAAGUCUUUUGAUUCAUGCCUAUCUAAUCUCAAUGCGGUCUUGAAACGUUGUAUAAGUACCAAUCUUGUCUUGAAUUGGGAAAAAUGUCACUUUUUGGUGACGGAGGGAAUUGUGCUUGGUCAUAAAAUUUCCUCCCAUGGCAUUGAG